GGGCCAUGACCCUGUCGUGGACAUUGUCGCCAUCCAUGGGCUCAAUGGCCACCGAGAGAAGACAUGGACUGCAUCCGACGGCGUCCAUUGGCUCCGCGAUCUCCUUCCGAGCGACGUACCAAACGCCCGAAUCAUGUGCUAGGGCUACGAUGCGAACACUCACAACAGCUCUCGUGUGAGCUGUCUAUAUCUAUAUGACCAUGCACUCAAUUUGGUAUCGGAAUUAUGCCGGAAGCGGCAAUCGACAGAUUCGACGCAACGUCCGAUCAUAUUCAUUGUGCACAACCUUGGCGGAAUUAUCGUCAAAAGCGUUGAUCCACUCGGACGCCUCACGAAAAAACGCGUUAGCGGAGCACCGAUCUAUAAAGGUCUCGACUUACGGCAUUAUGUUCAUGGGCACUCCACACCAAGGCGGCAAUGGCGUUCGGCUGGGAAAGCUGCUAACCAAUAUUGCCUCUCUCUUUGUGGCGGCCGAUGACCACAUCCUCCGUCAUUUAGAGAAGGACUCGGAGUGGCUACAGAAGCAGCUGGGACAGUACGGGCCGAUCAGCGGGGACUUUGUGACGAAAUUCAUCUACGAGGAGUAUGAAACCCCCACUGCGCUGGGCCUCUCGAUAAUGGUUGUACCUCGCGCAUCAGCAGUUGUACCAGGCCAGGCAGACGCUGAGCCUGUCGUCAUUCAUUCGAACCACAAAAAUAUGGUCAAGUUCAAUUCGAGGACAGAUGACGGAUAUAUUACCCUGCCGGAACAUUUAAUGAUCAUGAUGAGAGCUGCCGGCAACAGUAUUCGGUCGCGGUGGCAGGUAGCGGUGGCAGGUAGCGGCAAGGAUCGACGAUGCUCGAGAUGAUAAUUCUCGCAAUGAAUUCUGC